AUGAUCAAAAUGAGAGAGGCUACUGGUGAUUUGACAUUAUCAAGCGGAGAUACGAUGAAUGCGAACAAUUCCCGUCCACUACUGCAACGUUUCUUGGCCGGUCGUCGCUCAGAGCGUUUCGUUAACAAAUGUAAGAAGCCUAUAAUAGGUGUGAAGUUCGAUUGUACCCAUCCGAACACGUCCACAAGAUCCGAUUCAAGCGGUAGUGGCGUUGAUCGGGGUGAUUCUAGAAGCGAUGUUGGUGCAUCGUUGAAAAAACAAGCACAGUCACCUGCCACUUCAACACCUGCACCUUCAUGCAGUCAGUAUCGUAUCUCACACACUCCAAGAUUUGUGAUGGCUGCUCUUGCCAAUUUAGUGGAUCGAAAUCGUUCACUAUCUCCUCGUCGAAGUACAAAUGGACGCAAACAUUCGGCACCGUCGCCAACUAGCCUAGCCGAAAACGAUGCACGACAUAAGCCAUCAUCACGACCGCUCACACCAACAAUUGUCACGUUCACGCCACAUUCGCCCAGCAUAACAACUUCAGUUCUGAAUGCGGCCAUAUCACCGCUCUCGUCGCCAACGAUUCGCGUGAAAUCAGCCUCGAAACAGUCUUUAGUACAUCAAACAGAUGUGCCACCAGCAGCAGCAGCAGCAUCCUCUUCGAUCGCUUCAACACAAGAUCAUGACACAUGCACACGUGAUUUUUCAUCUCUGCUAUCGUUGACAACAAAUAAGCACAAUCCCUCUUCACAGUCGUCUCCUUCAAUUAAUACUCUACUACCAUUAUCGAAUCUUUUUAUUGCUCCUCACCAGCAACAAACACCACAGAAUAAUCUAUCACGAGAUCAGUGUGUUUACUCAUCUGUUCAAGUGGUGCGUUUAUUCGACUCUUUUGUGGCACUGAUUAGAAACGCUCGUCAGCCAUUCUCGUCACCGUCCAGCAGUAAUUGUCAUGAUUGUGAAGUUAUUGCGCAACACGGACGAACAUCACUCGAAAUUAGUAUCAGGCCAUCAGAUGACUGCAACCAAAUGAAUAAUCAUCCACCAAAUAUUGUUGUUACCAGUGAAGGUGAGUCGUCCACAAAUACGCUUCAUUCUUGCCGGACCGCUCCAACAAACGGUUCAUUUGACUAG